AUGGAUCGGAAUUUGGGUGAGUAAUGCUGCGUAAAAUUUUCCUCUCUGUUGCUAUGUGCUAUAUUCAAACUUCCAAUCGAAACAAGCUUGAGGAAGUUAUCGUGUAAAAUUAUACUGACAGCUCGCUAUUCAGUAAAGGCUUCGAUUGAGUCACCUGUUCUGUUGGCUUAGCUUUUCUUAAUGCUUUCAGUUUGGGUUAAUGGUAAGCGAGGGAUGACGGGUUUUCUACGAAAGGAAACUUAACGUGUAUGUUUGACCCAGGAUCAUUUCUUUCCCCCUGAAAACUGUGGAUUCGUCGUUAAUAAGAAGACUUCGUUGCCAAGAUAAAGGAUUCCCCAAAAUACUUCCUAAUCCAAUUUAGUGUGUAAGCCCUAUAUCUGCCAGUGAAUAUUACUGUCACUUAAAGCAAUAUCGAUAUCAACUGACUGGUUCCUAAAAUUAAAUAUGGAUUAUAAACUACAUGAUGUUACAGAUAGAAAAAUGCAAGUACAACACUGAUAAAAAAUCGAAAACCCAGCAAAAAUCGGCAAUAAAGAACCAAGGUGGAUUAAAAAAAUUAAUUGAUUGAAUGAAAAUUUUGCUCUUGUAAUAACAAGGAACUCAAUGUACUAAUGAUGAUAUUACCUUAUUUGGUAUUAAUCUGUUUCUGUGCAGAUGCUAGUCACUGGAAUUGUGGGUGUUUUUGCAAGUCGGAGGGACCACAAAAUCUGUGUAAGUUGACAAUAAUUAGCUACAGAAUUGAAGUAUUGUUUAACGAAAGCAUAUGGAUAGGAUCGUUAUUAACCAAGAGUAAUCCUAAAAAGAAAAGUUAUUUAAAUAUAUUUCCUAAACUUAUGGAUACUGAUACUAAUUAAGCACGUGACCUUUUUUGAGGACCAAUUUUACAUCGUCAGCCUCGCUUUAUUUUUUAUCUACAGAAUACUUUCCAUGGGUAUAAAUCAUUUAAAUUGUGUUGAUCCGAUCAAAGUUUAGAUCGCACCAUGAUUAGAUCGCUCCAACCAAAAGUUAGAUCGCUGCUCUCGAAAUUUGUAUGUUGCUUUCCAGCACCUCUAAAAUUAUGGAAAGUGGAACGUGUGAGUGUUUAAAAGAGAAAAAAAAAGAUGUAGCACUCUACAUCUGCCAUACAAUGUGGAUGAUCUUUAACAUUUGGGACGAAAAAUGAAGACAUAGUGCUGUGUAUGUUUAUGAUUAUUAUCACUUUAUAUUUCUCUUACCACGAGACCUACACUCCCAAACAAAAUGAAUCUGGACACUUUUCCACAACAACUUUCUUUCUUUUACGAGUUCUCGUAUCUAUUCCAUUUAAAGAGGAACUCGAAAGAACCACUGAUGUUGGAACAUUUUCACCAGGGGUUCAGGAGCAGCGGCCUCAAACGUUCCCUCUACGUAUCAUUGGAAAUACCCAGGUCCACCCUGAAACGGUUGACCCAAUCCAUGGCUAA